CGGUAUUAAAAAUUUCGAAGUUAGCUAGCCCUGCACGUCGGGAUAAUGCUUUAGAUUUUACCCAUGUAUACUGAUUCAAUUUUACCCUUUGUCAACCAAACCUGCCCGGGGCACCUUCUCACAGUCUUCACUAUAAUCUGAGUUCAUCUGACGGUUCAACCGGUUUUUGUUCAGCAAGGUGCACAGAGUGACCGAGAAGACUGAAGAAUCGGCCCAACAACAUCGGCUAUUCACACUAUGCUAUAUGGCGCCAACUGCUGUCAACAGAAGCUGGAGAAUCCCAAGAAAUCCACUAAGAUGCAUGGCGAUCUGUGUAGCAGUACUGGCAGCGUUCAUGCUGAUAUGGGUUAUGUCAUCAAGAGAAUUGGUUGUACCAGUCAUCAAAACGUCACACGACGAGAUGCCCACCCCGUCACUUGCCCAGGUCAUGAGAACUCAGUCAGCCCCAGACAGAAUAUCUGGAACCUCGGCGCCGGAUUCACCGGCACAGGUUGAAGCAGAAUCUUUGAAAGAAGUUAGAGAAAUGUCACCACUUAACACGUCAAAUCACACGAUGCCUACUAGGACCGGAGAAACCAGUACUAGCAAGGAGGUUGAAAACAUAUUAAACCUCCUUAAGCAAGUGAACACUAAGCAAGCUGCUAGCGCCAAGGAGGUUCAGUCACUUCCUCCAACAACUCAGCCAGACUGGGUAUUUGGAAACUUAGCGCCGGAUUCGCCGUGGAAGUUUAACGCCACAGCAUUGAAAGAAAUUAGAAAUAUCACCGCGGUGGGACUGAACCUCAAAAGUCGUCUGCAGGAGCACAAGUGGGGCAACGUCACAAAACCCGCACUUCCCAUUGGUCACUACAACGCAUGCGCAGUCGUGGGCAACGGCGGUGUUCUCCUGGGCAGCCGCUGUGGUGCCGAGAUCGACUCCAUGGAUUACGUCAUCAGGAUAGACCUUCCUGUGCUCAGAGGUUUCGAGAAGGACGUUGGCGGGCGGACUAAUAUGACAAUACUCAACCUCAAAACGCCUCGGCGACUGGCGGAGUCUUCACAUUUAAAAAACAGAUCUCUCGAUGUGUACGAGAAUCGACUACAGGACGUGAAGGAUUCUGUCCUGCUAGUGGACUACAGAGCGAGAAAAUAUAUCAUGAAGGCUUUACCAGUUUACAAGCUACCCUUUUCAGUGGUAGUUACAAAGAAUAGGCUGAGGACUGGCGUCAUGUCGCUUGCAUCUAAAAUAGCUGGGAGGAGCAUGAAAAAGACGCCUACCAUCGGUCUCGUAAGCGUGCUGAUGAUGACGUCCUUCUGUGACCACGCCUACAUCUACGGGUUCUUCCCCUUUUUUAAGGACAAGAACAACGUGGCGGUUCCCUACCACUACUUCCCAAACGACAACCUCAACUCUGACCGCAACCCUCCCUUGGAGAACCGCUUCGAUGCGUUACACAACGUCGACCAGGAAUAUGACUUCCACAGGGAGCUACACAGAAGAGGCGCGGUGAAGAUGCAGCUUGGUCCAUGCGGAAAACGUUGACUCGUUUUUAUAGUCUCCACCAGACUCCUUUGCAGGCUGAAUAGAUAGUACAAAUCGGGAUGAGAAGGGAAUAUGAUUGG